AUGGCGAGGUACCCUGUCUUAUAUUUCAUUCUGCUGAGCACACUGAUUGACAGGGACCAAGCCUGCUUCUGUGAUCACUACCCAUGGACUCAGUGGUCCAGCUGCUCAAAAACCUGCAAUUCUGGAACUCAGAGCCGACAGAGACAAAUAGUAAUGGACAGUUACUAUUGGGACAAUUCUUGUGACCAGACCUGCACCAAGCAGGAGACCAGAGCAUGCAACUGGCAGAUGUGUCCCAUCAACUGCCUUCUGGGAGACUAUGGGCCAUGGUCGGACUGUGACCCCUGUGUUGGAAAACAGUUCAAGAUUAGAUCUGUCUUGCGCCCUAGUCAAUUUGGAGGACAACCGUGUACUGAGCCCCUGAGCACCUUUCAACCAUGCAUCCCAUCUAAACUCUGCAGAAUUGAAGAGGCUGAUUGCAAGAACAAAUUUCGUUGUGACAGUGGGCGUUGCAUUCCCAACAGGUUAGAAUGCAAUGGAGAAAAUGACUGUGGAGACAACUCAGAUGAAAAGGAUUGUGGGAGAACUAAGGCAGUGUGUCCCCGGCAGUACACACCCAUCCCUAGUGCACAGUUGAUGGGUGCUGGGUUUCAUUUUCUAGCUGGGGAACCGAGAGGAGAAGUCCUUGAUAACUCUUUCACUGGAGGAAUGUGUAAAACUGUCAAGAGCAGUCGAGCAAGUAAUCCAUACCGCGUCCCAGCCAACCUGGAGAAUGUCAACUUCGAGGUAAAAACUGAAGAAGAUGAUUUGGAAACAGAUUUCUACAAGGAUUUAAUUAAUUUUGGAAAGAAUGAAAAUCAAAACAAAAUUUUGUCAGCUUCACAGAAAGGUUCUUCUGGGGUGCCAUUUUUGUUUUCCAAAAAGAAAAGUAAGAGCAUCAACCAAAACUGGGCCUUCAAAAAAGCUAUUCAAGCUUCCCACAAAAAGGAUUCAAGCUUUAUUAGAGUCCAUAAAGUGAUAAAAGUCUUAAACUUCACAAUGCAAGCUACCAAUCUGCAGCUUUCUAAUGUCUUUUUGAAAGCACUUAACCAGCUGCCUUUAGAGUACAACUUUGCAAUGUAUAGCAGAAUCUUUGAUGACUUUGGAACUCACUACUUCACCUCUGGCUCCCUGGGAGGUGUGUACGACCUUCUCUACCAGUUUAGCAGUGAGGAGCUAAAGAACUCAGGUUUAACAGAGGAAGAAACCCGAAACUGUGUCCGGAUUGAAACAAAAAAACGUAGGAUUUUUGGUAAGAAGAAAAAAGUAGAACACCGGUGCACCACCAACCGUCUAUCAGAAAAACACGAAGGUUCAAUUUUGCAGGCAGCAGAGAAAGCCAUAUCACUGGUUCAAGGAGGCCGGAGCGAGUAUGCAGCUGCUUUAGCAUGGGAGAAAGGGAACUCUGGUCCCGAGGAGAAAGUCUUUUCUGAGUGGUUGGAAUCAGUGAAGGAAAAUCCCGCUGUGGUUGACUUUGAGCUUGCCCCCAUCAUGGACCUGGUAAGAAACAUCCCCUGUGCAGUGACCAAGCGGAAUAACCUGAGGAAAGCUUUCCAAGAAUACGCAGCCAAGUUUGACCCUUGCCAGUGUGCUCCAUGCCCUAACAAUGGCCGUCCCAUGCUCUCUGGGACCGAGUGUGUGUGUGUGUGCCAGAGUGGUACCUACGGUGAGAACUGCGAGGAGCGCUCUCCAGACUUCAAGUCCAGUGCAGUAGAUGGGAACUGGGGCUGCUGGUCUUCCUGGAGUGCAUGCAAUGCUGCUUAUAAAAGAUCAAGAACCAGAGAGUGCAAUAACCCUGCCCCCCAACAAGGAGGGAGACGCUGUGAGGGGGAGGAGAGACAAGAGGAGGACUGCACGUUUUCAAUCAUGGAAAAUAUUGGGCAGCCAUGCAUCAGUGAUGAAGAAGAAAUGAAAGAGGUAGAUCUUCCUGAAAUAGAAGCAGAUUCAGGAUGUCCUAAGCCAAUGCUUCCAGAAAAUGCGUUUAUCUGGAAUGAAAAGAAACUAUACUCCAUUGGAGAAGAAAUAGAAAUUGCGUGCCUUACUGGAUUCAAAGCUGCUGGGUACCAGUACUUCACAUGCUUACCAGACAGGACCUGGAGAAGAGGAGAUGUGGAGUGCCAACGCACAGAGUGCCUCAAGCCAAUUUUUCAAGAUGUCCUGACCGUCACACCGUUUCAGAGAGUAUACAGACUGGGUGAAUCCAUUGAGCUAACCUGCCCCAAAGGCUUCACUGUGGCUGGGCCAUCAAGGUACACGUGCCAGGGGGAUUCCUGGACACCACCCAUUCCAAACUCACUGACCUGUGAAGAAGAUGUUCUGAAAAAAUUAAAGGGCCACUGUCAGCCUGGACAAAAACAACUGGGAUCUGAAUGUACCUGUAUGUCUCCAGAAGACUGCAGCCAUUAUUCAGAAGAUCUCUGUGUAUUUGAUUUGGGCUCCAACCAUUAUUUUACUUCACCUUCUUGCACUUUUUUGGCCAAGAGAUGUUUAAAUAAUGAGCAACUCCAUUUUCUACAUAUUGGUUCUUGCCAAGAUGGUCCACAGUUAGAAUGGGGUCUUGAAAGGAUGAAGCUUGCAUUCAACAGCACAAAGAAAGAAUUGUGUGGCUUCGAUACAUGCUAUGACUGGGAAAAAUGUUCAGCCUCCACUUCCCGAUGCAUCUGUUUGUUGCCUCCCCAGUGCAUCAAGGGGGGAACCCAACUCUACUGUGUCAAAAUAGGAUCUUCAACACGCGAGAAAACAGUGAACAUCUGUGAAGUGGGAACUGUAAUGUGUGCAAACAGGAAGGUAGAAAUACUACACUCUGGGAAGUGUUUGGUCUGA